AUGUGUGUGUGUGUGAGUGAACAAGUAGCUCCACUUCAAUUGGAUGGUAUUAAUGUUGCAAUCUUCGGCGUCACAUCAACGGGCAAAUCCACAAUAAUCAAUAAAUUAUUGGGCAAAGAUGUGGCUGCUGUCGGUAUUGGUGAAACAACAAAAGAUAUUCAACAUUAUGAUGGUGCUGGGUAUCGACUGGUUGAUAUACCUGGGAGAAAUGAUGAUAUCCAAUAUUUCACUGCCGAUUAUAUUAGUUUUUGGAAAGGUUUGACCAUUCGUCUGGUCGCUAUCACACACACAGUAAAAGAGAUGACAAAAGUUUUCAAAUUAUUAGAUGCGAUCAAUCUGAACUAUGAUAUUGUCGUCAAUAAAUUCGAUCAAGUAGCGCCUGAUGAAGUUGAUGCGUUCAAAGAUCAACUUCGUCAAGAAACAAUAGAUGCCGGAUUGCAAGGUGUUAAUCGAAUGUUUUUCGUUAGCGCACGAAAUCCUCGACAAUUUUCUGACUGGUUGGCUCUGUGUGACUAUAUUACGGGAUCGAAGAGUGCUCAGCCUCCUCAGAGGAAUGUUUUUUCCGCACUGAAUAUGGGGAUGCUGAAUCCACAAACACAGAAAUAG